UGCCCUGCCUUACGGUUGCAGUUACAGAUUUUCUACGUGCAAAGGUCUUAACUCCAAUGUUCUUUGAAUCAGGAUUUUUCUGGCGGUUGCGUACGUUUGUUAUGAACUUGAUUUUUCUCACGGCUUUGUAAGAGACGACAAAUCUUUCUUUUUUCGUGGAACGAACAAUAUGCCAAAAGCUAAAGGCAGGAACGCGUUCUUUUUCUUUAUGAUUGAUUGGAAAAAACGUGCGGAAGCAAGAGGUUGCACGUUCCCCAAUGGUCUUAAGGACGUGCAAGCGGAUCCAGAUUGUAAUGAGGAAUGGCAGAAUUUAACUAAACAAGAAAGAGGCCCAUAUGAAGCUCAAGCAAAGAAAGACAAGAUUACAUCACAAAUAAAUGCAAAUAGUAAAAAAACUACACAUGGAGAAUGCAUACAAUUGCUCGAACAGAAAGAAAUAGAAGAACAAAAGUUUAUAGAAGAUAUGUAUGAGUAUCUAGAAUCAACAAUCACCAGAGCUGUAAAUCAUAAUGUUUUACCACAGCUGAAAUUCUGUUUUGUACAUGUUAACUGGUUUUUCACAAAGCUUGUUGACAAUGUGGUUGAAUAUUUCCCAGCUGAAUAUGCAGUUGGUGUCUUUUCACUUGAGAAUGGCAUAGAAGAUAUACAUCAUACAAUUGUUGGUGUUCCAAUUCCAUUAGGAUAUAGGCGGGAAGCCUUGGAAACUAGUCAGUCUACUCAUAACAUACCUAUAGAAUGUCCAGGUGAAGAAUCUGACUUUGCUAUUAUGUACGAGAAAUUAACUAAUUUCUUGAAACCCAGAAAGAUUGUAGACAAAUAUCCCCCACUUUAUACGACAAAAUCUCUUAAAGGAGCAGUACAAUCUUUAUUAGCAACAUUAUGCAAAGCAGCAAAUCAAGAUGAAGAGCAGUUUUUAGUUUAUGAAAUAGAAUCACUGUUUAAGCAUUUAGCAGAUGAAGCCUAUAAGAAACGAGAGGAUCGAGAGAUUAAAUACACGAAAGCUUAUGCAGAAUAUACAUUUACACGCUUUACGCAUAUUUAUAAAAGAGGAAAUGAAUGUAUAUUUCAUAAAUAUACGGACGGAGGGUCUGAAUAUUGCAGUAAGUCAGUCCUGCAUCAGUGGACAUGGAACAUGUGUGAAGAAUUUUGCAAUCCACUUCAAGUAGAAAUGAAAUCAGGAGUGCAUUAUCCCGAAGAAGCUGAUUGUAGCUACAAAGGCAUGAUGCAAUCGAUGGCAAAUUUAGAUAUCAAGCGGGAAGUACCUCAAGAAUCUGAGCUAUAUUCAGUGAUCUCCAGUACAGGCGUAAGUCAGCAACAUAGAAUAAGAGUUUCUGAAAGGUCAUACGAAGAUGAGAUGCGUCGUCGGAAAGAAUCCAAGCCAGUUUUAGUUAUUGAUUACAGUAAAACAAAGGAAGCUAGUACUACUGCUAAGUUUACUGCUGAUUCUGAUGAAUCUGUUGAUAAAGCUAUUGAUGAACCUGUCAGUAAACCUACUGAUGAACCAGAGCAAAAAUCUGUUCCAAACUAUAUAUUCGGAAAACCAAUGCGACCUCCAAAUACUGUAUCAUAUGUAGCUGCUACUAUGGAUGAUUAUCUGCCAAAGAAUGAUGAGAAGAACUUUCCUCCUAUUGGUGGAAGAGGUGUAUUGUAUCGAAAAAUUAAAGAGAAAUCAAGGAAAGCACCUAUGGGCAGAGGCAGAGGUCGGGUUCUAUAUCCAUAAAAGGUCGGCUUCUUGGUUUCAAAGAAGUUUUCGACUUAUUUUUUAGUUUUAAAGAUAUUUCGAAGUCACUAUUCCUUCGGGCUUAUAUCAAUGUAAUUUGAUGAAUAAGCAGAAUGUGGGAGAAAUUUUCAACCCGAGGGUUUACGUGGCUGCAGCAGAGGUCGGGUAGAAAAAAGAAUAGCUCUAGAUUAGUUUGAGUAUAUAAUAGUUAUUUUUAGAGUAAUGUUGCAUCCAAACGCUUUAAUUUCUGACUGUAAAUCUCUAUUUGGUAUGAUGACAAGAGAGCUCAUAUAUAAUAGAUCACAUUUUUCUUAUCUCAUAAGAUAAGAUACAUAGGGGUACUUUGUGGCAAUGGAUAUUAUAUCGUAAUGUCUGAGAAACGGUUUGACCGGAGCUCACCCAUGAUUGUGCUUGGGAUUAUCGACAUAAAUCCAUUUUUCACUCGCGAUCAUAACACGGUUUAAAAAAAUUUUUUAUGAUGACAAAGCAGUGAAAUUAUACCCAUUCAAAAUUACACAUUCGGACGUCAUUCAUAUGCACCCACUUUUUCGCUGUUAUUCACUUUGCUAAAUGCUUGCAAAUAAAUUACAUGAUCUUAUGAUCUAUUUCGAGUUGUCUUGUAAGCUUAUCGGUUGUUUCAGAAUUUUUUUUAAUGACACAAUUAAAUCUUUUGUUUUCAUAUUCACUAGCUGCUUAAAAUGUAGUUUGUCUU